GCAACAGUGCAGCUGGAGUGGGACUGCGCCGGAGGACCUCAGCAGCCAUGUCAAAGCCCCAUAGCGAUGUCGGCACUGCCUUCAUCCAGACCCAGCAGCUGCAUGUGGCCAUGGCCGACACAUUCUUGGAAUACAUGUGCUGUCUGGACAUUGACUCGCCACCCAUCACGGCCCGGAACACUGGCAUCAUCUGUACCAUCGGCCCAGCUUCCAGAUCGGUGGAGAUGCUGAAGGAGAUGAUUAAGUCUGGAAUGAAUGUGGCUUGUAUGAACUUCUCUCAUGGAACCCACGAGUACCAUGCAGAGACCAUCAAGAAUGUGCGCACUGCCACGGAAAGCUUUGCUUCCAACCCCAUUCUCUACUGGCCAGUUGCCGUGGCCCUGGACACCAAAGGACCCGAGAUCCGAACUGGGCUUAUCAAGGGCAGUGGCACUGCAGAGGUAGAGCUGAAGAAAGGGGCCACGCUGAAGAUCACUCUGCACAAUGCCUACAUGGACAAAUGUGACGAGAACAUCCUGUGGCUGGACUACAAGAACAUCUGCAAGGUGGUGGAAGUGGGCAGCAAGAUCUACGUGGAUGAUGGGCUUAUCUCUCUGCAGGUGAAGCAGAAAGGUGCUGACUUCCUGGUGACGAAGGUGGAGAACGGUGGCUCCUUGGGGAGCAAGAAGGGUGUGAACCUCCCCGGAGCUGCUGUGGACUUGCCUGCUGUGUCAGAAAAGGACAUCCAGGAUCUGAAAUUUGGGGUGAAACAGGAUGUAGAUAUGGUGUUUGCAUCUUUCAUCUGCAAGGCCUUAGAUGUCCAUGAAGUCAGGAAGGUCCUGGGAGAGAAAGGGAAGAACAUCAAGAUAAUCAGCAAAAUUGAGAAUCAUGAGGGAGUUCGGACGUUUGAUGAGAUCCUUGAAGCCAGCGAUGGCAUCAUGGUGGCUCGUGGUGAUCUAGGCAUUGAGAUUCCCGCAGAGAAGGUCUUCCUUGCUCAGAAGAUGAUGAUUGGGCGGUGCAACCGAGUCAGGAAGCCUGUCAUCUGUGCAACGCAGAUGCUGGAGAGCAUGAUCAAGAAGCCCCAUCCCACCCGGGCUGAAGGCAGCAAUGUGGCCAAUGCGGUCUUGGAUGGAGCAGACUGCAUCAUGCUAUCUGGAGAGAUGGCCAGGGACUACCCACUCGACACGGUUCGCAUGCAGCACCUGAUUGCCCGUGAGGCAGAGGCCGCCAUCUACCACUUGCAAUUAUUUGAGGAACUCCACCACUUGGCACCCAUUACCAAUGACCCCACAGAAGCCACCGCUGUGGGCGCCGUGGAGGCCUCCUUCAAGUGCUGCAGUGGGGCCAUAAUCGUCCUCACCAAGUCUGGCAGGUCUACUCACCAGGUGGCUAGAUACCGCCCCCAUGCCUCCAUCAUUGCUGUGACCCAGAACCACCAGACUGCUCUCCAGGCCCACCUGUACCGCAACAUCUUUCCUGUGGUGUGUAAGGACCCAGUGCAGGAGGCCUGGGCUGAGGAUGUGGACCUCCGGGUGAACUUGGCCAUGAAUGUUAGCAAGGCCCGAGGGUUCUUCAAGAAGGGCGAUGUGGUCAUUGUGCUGACUGGGUGGCGCCCUGGCUCCGGCUUCACCAACACCAUGCGUGUCGUGCCUGUGCCGUGAUGGGCCCCAGAGCCCCUCCUCUUCCAGCCCCUGGCCCAUCCCCUUUCCCCAACCCAUCCAUUAGGCCAGCAAUGCUUGUAGUGCUCACUUGGGGGU